CAUAAGCCCAUCCUCUAUUUAACCCUUUCAUCAUUUCUUCCACAUCAUAACUCUUAUCACCCUAUAUAUAAAAAUAAUAUUUGUGUAUUAUGGCUGCUGAACUUGGGAUUCUGUCUUCGACUCAACUCCAAAAACUGGCUCAAUCCCAAGAACAACAAUUGUCAUCACCCCAACCACCAUUCAAUCCUGACUCUGUCACUGACUGUUGGAUGUGGAACGCUAAGCAAGCAACUCAGGAUGACGAUGAUUCGUGGGAAGUUAGAGCAUUUGAGGAAGACACAGGCAAUGCCAUGGGCACCACUUGGCCACCAAGGUCCUAUACUUGCACCUUUUGUAGGAGAGAAUUCCGGUCAGCUCAAGCCCUAGGUGGACACAUGAAUGUUCACCGUCGCGACCGUGCUAGGCUCCACCAAGCUCCACCACAAUAUGCUUCAAAUAGCAUCCACAACCACAAUCACAACCACAACCACAUUUCUUCACAAAAUUCUAAUUCCACUUUCCUAAUUCCAACUCAAGAAUUUGUAACAAAUGGUGGACUUUGUCUUUUAUACUCCUUGCCUAACCCUAGUAACACUCAUAUCUUCAAUAACCCCACAUCAAGAAAAUCUUGUACUAUGAAUACCAAUUCAUCAUCCUCUAGUACUCUUAAUCUCUCAAUCUCACCAUAUCCAACAAAUAACAAUUUGAUGUCUCCAACUACUCCAUACCCUACUCCUACAUCUCUAAACUUCCCAAUAAAUAAGCCUAAUCCAAGAAUUUGUAACACUAGUAAUGAUGAUAAUAAUAAUAAUAACAACCAUGAUUAUGGUAGCAACAAGAGGGAUUCACUCAUUGAAGAUGAACUUGAUCUCGAGCUUCGACUAGGAUGGAGAUCAUCAUCCUCAACAACAACAACAUCUUCACCAUAAACACACAAGUCGAAUAUCGAUCAUAUACAUGUUGUGGUUAAUUAAUUAAUUAAUUAAUUAAUUUCCCUAGACUCAAAUUUCCUUUUUUUAUAUAUGGAUUGAUUAAUUUGUUUUUGUGUGAAUUGCAAUAUGCUCUAUUAAUUGAAGCAAAUUGAGUGAAUAGGCAAGAAGAAGUAGAAGAAAAGAGCAAGUUGUAAAUUUAAAAGAAAUGAAGGGUUAAGUGUGAUAAUAAUUAAAAAAAUGUGUCAUAUUUGAUUAAUUGAUAAAAAAAAAAUUAAUUUGGCUAGGGUUGGAGUGCGAGCUAGACUGUAAAAAAGAGCUUUGCAGUGCAGUGUCAUUUUCUAGUUUGCUCAUUUCUAAAGACAACAUAUAUUUCCGUGGGGAUUAUUGUAUCUGUCAUGUUACCA